GCUUUGCAUGAAAGGCUUGCACUGCAGGUGAGUAAGGAACAGCGUGCUGACCGUUCGCAAUGUCGACAAACGGCUUCAGGGAACUUAAGAGAGCAGCAGACCAGAGCAUCCGUUACAAAGAAACUGACACAGGACUUACUCAACACAAACUGGACUGAGGAUAUUUAACAACUGCAGAAAAUAAAACUAAUCAACUUAAGGACCCCCCCACCCCCAGCAUGAGUGGGUGUGGCGGGGGCCUCAUUGGGGCUGUUUCCAAGGGCACAGAGGAGGAGGUGGCAGACUGCAGGCAGGAGCGUAAGGAGCCUUCCCAGGGAGACGAAGAGAGGCUACAGAGUGAGGAGAAUGACAAACUCCUUAUCAACAGCAAGCAGAACGGCCUGACAUGGAUUCUCGUGUCAGGCGGGGCUGACGCCACCCCAUCACCUUACUCUCAACUCCGCACACUGGCCGCUCAUCUUCCCUGUGAACACCCCGUGGUUCUAUCUGCGUGCCAGGCCGGGGAAGACCCGACAGACCCGUGGAACCAGGACGGACCGACGCCAUUGACUCUGAUCCCGAGUCCCUGGGAUUACCAGUGGGAGGAGAUGUUGAUGGAGGCGCUGCCACUGUCAGACAGAAGCUCCGGCCUGCACCCCGCUGAUCUGACCACCGGUGCGCUGACGGCAAAACUCAUCCAGGUGGCGCUGGAUCUCCUCCCACGUCCGGUUUCAGCCCCCCUGGACAUGGUGUGGGUUUACACAGCAGAGCCCCCGCCACCAGCACUGUACCCGACGCACACAGGCGACUUCCUGCUCCACAGUGCAGCUGUCGCUGAGGAUCUGGUCAAGUCAUUGGAGGGCCUAAGCUACUCUGAGGGCAGGAGAGCCAGUGGUGGUGUGUAGAUGGAUGGGUCCAGAUGGGGCGUCUUCAGCUGAGCCCUGCAUCGCCACCCUAGGGAAACAGAGCCAUCCUGUGUCUCAAUAUCACACACUACAUGAG